AUGCCAGUGGCGCUGUUGACGGCAAUGCUGCGAAGCAAAAGUUCAAUACCGUACGCACUCGCCUCAUAUCAUGUCAUCUCUGGCCUUCCCGAGGACCCAGCUGUAAGGAUGGAAUCUCGUAGUUCCUGGGCAGAAAAACUCAAGAUCUUCCUUGUGUUCAUACUCUUAUCACGGGACGUCGCCUCCGUCGAUUUGAUCCCCUAUUUCUCCGUGCAUCCUGGGCAGAGAUACGAGAAUGUGACGUCAGAAUCUCAGGAGCUCAGUUUCGGAUCUUGCAUCAUAAAUUGUGUGCUGCAGGAACCGAGUGCUUGUUACGCCUUCAACUAUCGGGGGACAGAUGGUUCGUGCCAGUUAAUUCUCAACGGGAAGAGCAAGCUGGUUGAAGCGAAUGGAUACCUGUCCUACGUCCAGAGUGAGGAAGUGCAUUUGUAUCCAGAAUGUCGUUUGACGGAAAAGGGCAAGGAAUAUGUAGGAGGAAUCAGCGUGACGGAAUCGGGCAGGAAGUGCCUCUUUUGGAGAGACUAUCCCUACGGAAGACCGGUUGAUUUCUCGGGCAUCUCAUUACCAAUACCUGAUGUGCCUAGAUUCGGGGAAAACAUGCUUUAUGACACCGUAUCGAAUCCUGAACCUCCUGGAAUCUCGACAGUAGAUGAGGUAUAUGAGGGCCACUUCCUUAAUCGUGACUCCUUGUCUCACCACAACUACUGCCGGAAUCCAUCCGGGAGAGAGAGACCCUGGUGCUUCGUUUCCGAUUCUGAAAUCCAGUGGGAAUACUGCAACAUCCCUUUUUGCACUGACACAGUCCCUCCGGAGUGCAAGGUGACUCAACGGGGUGGGGAAUACAUGGGCGUCAAGAAUGUGUCGAUCCAAGGUGUGCCAUGCCUGCCUUGGAGAAACAAAGAUGAUGUUGAAAAUCUCCUCCUGGCAUUCCCGGAUCCCGAUCGAGUUGACGAAGAUCACAACUUCUGCCGAAACCCAAAUGUGGAAGACAAAUUCAUCGCGUUUAUCCUGAAUGCAAAUGUUGCUCCUUGGUGUUACCUUGAUUUUGGGGAAAGAGAUCCGAUUGGGUUUUCGUGGGCUUUCUGCGACAUCCCAUUCUGCGACCUGGGAGCUGAAAUACCUGAAGCCAGGACAGGCAUAUAUCCGGAAUGCCGACUGUCAGAAAAGGGAAGAGAAUACGUGGGGAGCCGGAAAGAUGCAGAAACUGGAACGGGUUGUCUACCAUGGCAUCGACAACCAUAUGGAAUCCCUUCGGAUUUUUACCCAAGAGGGCUUCUGUACAUUCAAUAUUUUACGGAUCCCUUCAGGCUUCUGGAACACAACAUUGACCACAAAAUUGCCGAAAUCCCGGUUUGGAGCGGGAGCAACCAUGAUCCACCUGAAUGCAAACUCACAGAGCGAGGAGCGGAGUAUGUGGGAAAACAAAACGUGACGAUGUCCGGGGUCCCCUGUCUACCUUGGCUCAUGAUCCCUUCUUCGUUCCUGAUUAAUGGGCUGAUCCUCAGGAUUCCAGAUGAAGUAGAUGGAAGACAUGGGUUUUGCCGCAACCCCGAAGUAAGGGAUUAUGGCCCUUAUUGUUACACCAGCCUCGAGGGCGAAUGGGGGUAUUGCGACGUUCCAUUCUGUCCUACCGCUGACAGGGAAAAAUGUGAUGUUCGAGUAGGAGGCCAAUGUGUCAGCCCACUUGAAUGCAAGACGGACUUGAAGGGGAAGGCAUACAUCGGAACGAAGAAUGUGACCCGCAAGGGACACCAAUGCUUCCCGUGGAUGCUUGCUACAUCAUUGGCGAGAGAAGAUCCUUUCUAUGGGCUUCAGACUUAUGAGAUAAUAACUUUGAAUGCCUACAGCACAUUGGACGACAUGGAUCCAAGGCACAAUUUCUGUCGGAACCCUACGGAAGACGGAAAUGGUCCUUGGUGUUUCAAGAUCGAUGGGAAAGGACUCAUCCCUGGCCUUCCCGAGGACCCAGCUGCAAGGAUGGAAUCUCAUAGAUCCUCGGCAGAGAAACUCAAGAUCAUAAUUGUGUUCAUACUUUUGUCACGGGAUGUCGCUUCCGUCGAUUUGAUCCCCUAUUUCCGCGUGCAUCCUGGGCAUAGAUACGAGAAUGUGACGUCAGAAUCUCAGGAGCUCAGUCUCGGAUCUUGCACCGUAAAUUGUGUGCUGCAGGAACCGAGUGCCUGCUCCGCCUUCAACUAUAGGGAGACAGAUGGUUCGUGCCAGUUGAUUCUCAACGGGAAGAGCAAGCUUAUUGAAGCAAUGGAUACCUGUCCUACGUCCAGAGUGAGUCGAAUGCUUCCCACUUUCAUCUCGACCGAGUAUCCGAUGAUCGAGAACGCGAAGGUGUCCUUCGAGAGAUGGAGCGGAGAAUAUCCAGCACCAGCAGGAUUGAACGUUAUAUUCCGUUGUGAACAUCCGAAUGGGUUCUCGGAUGGAGCUCAUCUCCACACUGCUCAAUGCGCUUUCUUCAUGCCAGAUUCUUGGCGUAUCUCCUUCCGGAAGAGUGCGGUGCAAUGUGAGGACGUGCAUUUGUAUCCAGAAUGUCGUCUGACAGAAAAGGGCAAGGAAUACGUAGGAGGAAUCAGCGUGACGGAAUCGGGCAGGAAGUGCCUUUUCUGGAGAGACUAUCCCUACGGAAGACCGGAUGACUUCUCGGACAUCCCAUUAAUAAUACAUGACAAGCCUAACCCCUUUGAAAUGUUUUAUUAUGACAAGGACCCGAUUUCUGAAACUCCUGGAAUGCCGGCAAUCGACGUAUUGUAUGAGGGCCACUUUCUUAAUCGAGACUCUGGGUCUCACCGCAACUACUGCCGAAAUCCAUCUGGGAGGGCGAGACCCUGGUGCUUUCUUUUCGAUCCUGAUAUCCAUUGGGAAUACUGCAACAUCCCUUUUUGCACUGACGCAGUCCCUCCGGAGUGCAAAGUGACUCGAUGGGGAGGGGAAUACAUGGGAACGAAGAACGUGACAAUCCAAGGAGUGCCCUGUUUGCCUUGGAGGAACCAAGAAGAUAUUGAAAAUCUCCUCUUGGCUUUCCCUGAUCCCGAUCGCGUCGACGAAGAUCACAACUUCUGCAGAAACCCAAAUGUGGAAAAUGGAACCUUCAUUUAUAACCUUAAUCCAAACGCAGCUCCUUGGUGCUACCUGGAUUUACGGGAAAGAGAUUCGGUUGGGUUCAAGUGGGCUUUCUGCGACAUCCCGUUCUGCGACCUGGGAGAUGAAAUACCUGAAGCCGGGACGGGAGUAUAUCCCGAAUGCCGACUGUCAGAAAAGGGAAGGGAAUAUGUGGGCAGCCAGAACGAGACAGAAACUGGCACGGCUUGUCUACCAUGGCAUCCUCAGCCAUACGGAACCCCUUGGGAUUUUUACCCCAGAGGGUCUCUGUACAAUCACCAUUUCUCGCAUCCCUUCCGACGGGCGGAACUCAACAUCCGCCACAACCACUGCCGAAAUCCAGGAGUGGACAGGGAGCGACCAUGGUGCUUCGUUCCCGAUAUUGACAUACAGUGGGAGUACUGCGACAUCCCCUUCUGCCAAGACCUCAAUCCACCUGAAUGCAAAAUCACAGAACGAGGAGGGGAGUAUGUUGGAAAGAGAAACGUGACGAUAGCCGGGGUCCCCUGUCUACCUUGGCUCAAGAUCGCCUUUUUUCCGUUGCAUAAGAUGAUCCUCAGGAUUCCAGAUAAAGUGGAUGGAAGACAUGCGUAUUGCUGCAACCCUGAAGAAUACGAUUACGGCCCUUAUUGCUACACCAGCCUCGAAGAUGAAUAUUGGGAAUAUUGCGACGUUCCAUUCUGUCCAACCGUUGACAAUGAAAAAUGCGAUGUUCGAGUCGGAGGGGAGUGUGUCAGCCCACUAGAAUGCAAGACGGACGCGAAGGGGAUGGCAUAUAUUGGGACGAAGAAUGUGACCCACAAGGGGCACACAUGCGUCCCGUGGAUGAGCGAAUCAGCACUGACACAAGAUCCUUUCGAAGGGAGUCGGACUUAUGAGACAGGAUCUUCUAAACCCUACAAAAUAUGGGACGACAUGCGCCCAACCCACAAUUUCUGUCGGAACCCUAUCGAAGACGAAAAUGGUCCUUGA